GCCUGCAGGCCAGGCUCAGUCAGUGACGGAGUACAACGCUCGUGUGGUCAGUGUUUACACAAUAGCCGCGGUGAUGAGUACUUUUCGCCUCGCUUCUCGGUUACUCAGUCAGGUUGUGGGUUCAUUCCAGGUUUCAGGUCUUCAUCAAGGUCCUCUUCAAGCUAAAGGUCCUUUCAGAGUACAAGGAGUGAAUAGUGACGUUCGCAGAUACACGUCCAGCUUACAGGAAGAAUCAGGGAUAAUGAAGUCUCCGUUCAGUGAUGUGGAUAUACCUGAUGUCUCGUACUGCAAAUAUAUAUUUGACGCUCAAGAAUCUUUCGCUGGAAGAACUGCUCUUAAGAAAUUGCCAUGCAGAUGGAGAACUCAGGAGCCUCGGCUGUUGUGACAGACCCACAGUUACUACCCAAAGUAAAAGAGGCGUGUCAGAUAUACAAAGGUGUACGAUACAUAAUAGUUAAUGGACCAGCACAGGAAGGACAGCUGUCACUACAACACCUUCUCAAAGAUGAUGGCAAAGCUUUCCCACAUAACAUCCCGAUUGACCCACUGGAGGACCUAAUAGUGCUACCAUACUCCUCUGGCACCACAGGACACCCCAAAGGCGUUAUGCUGACACAUAAUAACCUUGUAGCUAACCUCCAGCAAAUUUUACACAAAGGAUUCAGUAAUAUUAGGUGUCAGUCAGUGGACUAUCAGGAGGUAUUCAUGGGGAUCCUGCCAUACUUCCACAUCUAUGGGCUGGUUCCUUGUUUGGGACUUUCACUUAUUACAGGUUCUAAGUCUGUAACAGUCCCAACAUUUGAUCCUAAAUCAUUUGUUCAUGUUCUGGAGAAGUACAAGAUCACGUACCUUCAUACAGUUCCACCUAUUAUUAACUUCCUAACUCAAAGCAACUUAGUGAAACCUCAUCACCUUGGACCAACACACACCAUGACCUGUGGUGCUGCACCUGCAGGUCCAACACUUAUUGAAGAAUUCUUCAAGAAAUUUGGUGACGGGAUUAAUUUCCAGGAAGGUUAUGGAAUGACUGAAGCUUCUCCAGUGACUCAUCUAACACCUAAAGGCAAAUUUGUUAUUGGUUCUACUGGAGUUGUCGUCCCCAACACCGUGGCUAAGAUUGUUGACAUCAAUACUGGACAAUCUCUUGGAGCUAAUGAAGAAGGUGAAAUGUGCGUCAAGGGGCCACAAGUUAUGAAGGGUUACUACAAGAAUGAGAAGGCAACAAGGGAAACCAUUGAUGAAGAUGGCUGGCUGCACACAGGAGACCUUGCUAAGAUGGACCAUGACCAGAAUGUGUACAUUGUCGACAGACUCAAAGAACUCAUCAAAGUAAAAGGAUUUCAGGUUGCCCCAGCUGAGUUGGAAGAUUUAAUAAGGAGCCACCCUGAGGUAGAGGAUGUGGCGGUGAUUGGUCUUCCUCACGACAGGUUAGGAGAGGUACCUAGAGCCUAUGUGGUGCUAACGCCCAACUCCAACUUAUCUGAGGAAGCCAUUGCGGACUACGUUGCCAUAAAAGUAGCCCCUCACAAACAGUUGUUAGGUGGGGUAUAUUUCACUAAUGUAAUACCGAAGUCGGCAACUGGGAAAAUUCUAAGACGUGAAUUAAAGGCAUCUGCUCUUGUGCAAUAGUAAUUUGUUCCAAUAUUUCGAUGUUUAUUUUACUUGUCUUCCAGUAGACUAUCACUAUGUGAGUCUUAGUGAGGUCUUAAUACAAUUGUAUAUGCUGGCAUUUUGUCUUAAAAAAUUCCUUGGGGUCUGAGAAUAGGUUGAGAAUUUUCUAAUUUUGUUAUUUGUUCAGGUUUGAUUCUGUUUUAGCUGUACAUUGUCCUUUACCUGGAUAAUUGAGAUGUUUAGUACAUCAUGGGGCUUAAUGUUUAGUACAUCUUGUAGCAAUAAUAUUUAGUACAUCUUGUAGCUAUAAUAUUUAGUACAUCUUGUAGCUAUAAUAUUUAGUACAUCUUGUAGCUAUAAUAUUUAGUACAUCUUGUAGCUAUAAUAUUUAGUACAUCUUGUAGCUAUAAUAUUUAGUACAUCUUGUAGCUAUAAUAUUUAGUACAUCAUGUAGCUAUAAUAUUUAGUACAUCUUGUAGCUAUAAUAUUUAGUACAUCUUGUAGCU